AUGGCGUCCUCGGAGGACUGCACACUCGAUGAUGAUGGUUCUCAUCAUAAACAGACAUCAGUACAGGGAACAACUGCUGAAAUGAGCCGACCAAACAACUUCCAAAGAAUUGCUCAGAAGAAAUUGCUCGUCAAAAGUUUCCCACGCAACAAAAAACUCGAGAAAUUAGCAGUUUAUUCAUCGUGCAAAUCAGAGAACUGCAAGUGCAAUGGUUGGAAGAAUCCAAAUCCUCCUCCAACGCCUCCUCGUGUGGAUGUAUCACAACCACUUGCCAGCCUCACAGACCCUUGUCGCAGCUGUAACCAUGCCCUGGGUGCCCAUGUAUCACAUCUCGAAAACACAGCGGAGGAGGAACUGAAUCGCCUGCUGCGUAUCGUGGUGGAUGUGGAAAACCUGUUUAUGUGUGUACACAAGGAAGAAGAUGCAGAAACAAAACAAGUGUACUUCUAUCUCUUUAAGCUUCUGCGGAAAUGUAUCCUGAACAUGAGCAACCCCACAAUAGAGGGGCCCUUAGGAAAUCCUCCAUUUGAAAAACCAAGUAUUGCAAAGGGUGUUACUAACUUUGUGGUGUACAAGUUUGGCCACCUUGCUCAAAAGGAAUGGCAGACAAUGUAUGAUCUGGCCAAAAUGUUUUUGCACUGUCUGAAUCACUGGAAGUUAGAGACGCCAGCUAGUCGGGCUCAGCAUGCUGGGACUGAGGACAUGAAUGCCUACAAGGUCAACUACACAAGGUGGCUGUGCUACUGCCAUGUACCAGCGUUCUGCGACAGUCUGCCAAGGUAUGAGACUACUCUGAUCUUCGGUCGCACUCUGCUGAGGUCUGUCUUCCAAACCAUGAGGAGACAACUCCUGGACAAGUUCCGAGCUGAGAAAGACAAAAUGCCCCCUGACAAAAAGACUCUCGUUCUCACCCAUUUCCCCAGGUUUCUGUCUAUGCUUGAGGAGGAAGUGUAUGGCUCCAUCCCGAUAUGGGAUCCAGACUUCUCCCAGAACCCAGCUAACAUCCCAAUAUCUCCAACACCGCUACCAACAACACCAUCCUCAGCACCAGGGGUCAGUGGCUACAACCGUUUCACAACCGGCACCAACUCCACUGGCCCGGGGCCUGAAGGCUUCACAUCCAUCAACAUCACACCAGGUCUCAUCACACCAAGAAGGCCCUCCAAAACUGAACCAGGUCAAACAGGGGAGAAGAGGAAACAUGAGGAUAGUCUGCUGGCAGACGAACUGAAGAGGAAGAAGAUUGAAGGCGAUGUCGCAUCAGACACAGUCGCUGAAAUACUGGCCACCAUUACAGAUCCUGCUCAGAUGGUUGGACCUGAUCCAACUCUGUUCCCAACCCACACGGCCCGGGACGAGGCAGCACGACAGGAGGAGAACAAGGGGGUGAUCAACUUCCAUGUCAUUGGCAACUCUCUCAGCCAGAAGCCCACUAAACAGAUCUACAUGUGGCUGAUUGGUCUACAGAACGUCUUCUCACACCAGCUGCCUAGGAUGCCCAAGGAGUACAUCACGAGACUUGUGUUUGAUCCGAAACACAAAUGUUUAUCUCUGAUAAAAGACAAGCGAGUCAUAGGUGGGAUCUGCUUCCGGAUGUUUCCUACCCAGGGGUUCACAGAGAUUGUAUUCUGUGCUGUGACAUCUAAUGAACAGGUCAAGGGUUAUGGAACACAUCUGAUGAACCAUCUGAAGGACUACCACAUCAAACACAACAUCUGUCACUUCCUCACAUUCGCUGAUGAGUAUGCCAUAGGAUACUUCAAGAAACAGGGCUUCUCUAAAGAAAUCAAACUACCAAAGUCAGCGUACUUGGGAUACAUCAAGGACUACGAGGGGGCCACCCUGAUGGGAUGUGAACUCAACCCCCGGAUCAAGUACACCGAGUUCUCCCAGGUUAUCAGGAAACAGAAAGAGAUCAUCAAGCAGAUUGUGGAGAAGAAGCAGGAGCAGCUGAGGAAGAUCUACACUGGUCUCUCCUGCUUCAAGGACGGAGUGCGGCAGAUCCCCAUCGAGAGCAUCCCUGGGCUCCACGAGUCUGGCUGGAAGCCAACCUUCAGCCCAGAGAAGGAGAAGGAGAAAUGUAAAGACAAUGCCCUUGACCCUGACCAGUUGUACAAUGCCUUCAAGACUGUUUUACAGCAAAUCAAGAACCAUGGCUCAGCCUGGCCAUUCCAGAGGCCAGUGGACAAGUCCGAAGCUCCUGAUUAUUACGAUCAUAUCAAAUUUCCUAUGGAUCUGAAGACCAUGUCCGACAGAUUAAAGAACAGAUACUAUUGUCACAAGAAACUAUUCAUUGCUGACAUGACCCGUAUAUUUACAAACUGUAGAGCAUACAAUGAACCAGACACAGAGUAUUACAAGUGUGCUAAUUCAGUGGAAAAGUUCUUCACCAUCAAAAUGAAGGAAGCAGGUCUCAUGGAAAAAUGAAUGUUUCAUCGCUGGGAUUGCUCAUCAUUUGAUCUCACCUGACAAUACACAUCCCCUGGUGGACCUCCGCUGUCAGCAUGUGGUGACACGUACUGUGGGUGUGGACAUACCUGCUUAGCAAUACAGUCCAGCAAUACUGACCGAAGUCUGAUGAAGCUGUUGCCAAAAGUCAUAAGCUAACAUGCCAGUGUUGUAAAGCGUUAACAAAUUAAGGAUGAGAAUUUCAUGAAGUUUGUACUUUACCAGUGACUAAUCAAGUAUCUCUUACAUGAUGAGAUUAUCAGGAACUGCCAGUAAUCAGGGACAGGUAAUUUAUUAUUGGGUUGGUCAGAGGGAGGGUCACUCAAAAUAGGAGAGGGUCUGGAGAAAAAUAUAACUCAUGUUUGGGUUGGGUCAGAAAAAAUGGACAUAAAAAAUAAGGCACUUUUGUUUUGUUUUCAGAAAGGGUGAUUAAAAAAAUACACAAGAACAUGAUUGGGGAAUAUGAAAAGCAUUAGUGGAAGGAUAUUUCCAGUACAUUUGGGCAUCAAAAUCUUCUAGCUGACCCCUCUAUACUAAAUGAUGUGUCUGUUAUGUAAGUGUGUCAUAUGGCAUGCUUCUUAAUUAUCCUGUGUACAUGCAGUCCCAUAGAUUAUAUAUGACCAUCUUAGCCAAAAACCUUCUUCUCCAUGUUUGUAUGGGGCAUGAUGUCCUUUGGGUACUCUUUUAUGCAGUUGGUCAGUUUUCCUACAUCAGAGCACCAUGUACCUUUGUCAUGUGGUGUGGAAUGGACCAGAGUAUGUGGUGAGCCAGAAUGUCUUGUCAUUGUUAAGUAGCAGUUUGAGGGGUGGUGGAGUAGCUGAUGCUUUGGCUUGGUAUGCUGAAGAUCUGAGUUCGAUCCCACACAAUAUCAGAAGGUGGUGUGCAAUCCCUGUUGAUGUAUGACUAGAAGCAAUAUAUCACUCACUGCCUUGCAGUUGAUGAGGAUCUUUCUCCUGAGAAAUUGCCAUUGCUUGAAGGAGAUCGUAACUACCAUAAUUCCAAAAGUGACUUACGACAGUCAGUCUAUGAUCAUUUCGUGGAAUGAAACCCAAGUCAUCCCACACCAUGCAAUCUUAGGUUUCUUCAGCAGUUCCCUGGGCACAUUUAUACAUUUGUCUGAUCUGUGUGUAAACAUGUAAAACAUUUUCAUUUGCAAAGAAUUUGUUAUUACAUUUGGUGCAUUUAUGUUCCAAUCAGAGUUUUUGUCUCAGCUUAGUACCUGUGUAAUGGACAAGUUGUUCAUGGUUAUUCAGUAUGUGUAUGGACCAAGGCCAUUACACAAAGUGAUCCUAGUGCUAAGAUGCUCAUAAUUCCAAUACUUUAACAAAGACUUACACCAGUCAAAGUCCUACGAUCGCACUAACAUCACUUUGUGGUAGUGGACCAGAAAGUGUGAUGUGCUCUGAGCCCCUACUAUGUGUCAGUGAAUGUGUGGCUGAUCAGAUGCUGUACGUGAUGGCAGGGUAUGGUCAACAGGUCAUCAUCAUCUCAUUAUUCACCUGUACAAACUCCAUCAACCAGUCGUCUAUUUAUGUGUUGUUUAUAUGUAAAUAAGUACAGUAUACAAACAAUAAACAAUAUAAGAUGCACAA